AUGGGGCCUAACGAAGGUGCAAAAGAAUUUUAUAAAUUGGUAGACGAGGCAAGCCAAGAACUAUACCUUGGAUGUAAAGGAUUCACAAGAUUAUCCUUUACCAUCCGUCUUUACUUGUUAAAAUGCUUGCAUGGUUGGAGUAAUACGUCGUUCAUUUCUCUCUUAGAAUUAUUGAAAGAAGGAAUGUCACAUUUGAAUAUUCCUACUUCUUUUGAUAAAACGAAGAAUAUGGUGAAGAAUUUGGGUCUUGACUACCAAAAGAUCGAUGCAUGUCGCAAUGAUUGCAUGUUGUAUCGGAACGGGCAUGAGAAUGACUCAUCUUGCCAUGUCUGUGGAACAUCCCGUUAUAUUGAGCAUCAUGUAGAAGAGGACGAUGCUACCUCAUCUAAAAAUCCUCGUAAAGUUGCUACAAAAAUUCUAAGGCAUUUCCCCCUGAUUCCCAGACUUCAAAGGCUUUUUAUGUGCACAAGGACGGUUGAAGCUAUGUCUUGGCAUCAUAAUGAACGUGUUAAAGAUGGGUCGUUAAGGCAUCCUGCCGAUGGUGAAUCUUGGAAAGCAUUUGAAAGUCAACAUGAAUAUUUUGCAAAGGAGCCUCGUAAUGUGAGACUUGGCUUAGCAAGCGACGGAUUCAAUCCGUUUCGAACUUUGAGUAGUACACAUAGUACAUGGCCUGUUGUUCUGAUGGUGUAUAAUCUACCCCCUUGGAUGAGCAUGAAGCCUGAUUAUUUUAUGCUCUCUUUACUCAUUCCUGGCCCACAAUCACCGAGAAAUGAUAUUGAUGUCUUUCUUCAACCACUAAUUGAAGAAUUAAAAGAAUUGUGGGAGUUAGGUGUCGAAAUAUAUGAUUCCAAAGAGAACAAAACAUUCAACAUGAGAGCAUGUCUUUUAUGGACAAUUAACGACUUCCCUGCGUAUGCUAUGUUAUCUGGGUGGAGUACAAAGGAAAAAUUGGCUUGUCCAUGUUGUAAUGAUGAAACUUCUUCUAUAUAUCUGAAACAUAGCCACAAGACUAUUUAUAUGGAUCAUCGAAGGUUUUUACCCAUGAACCAUCCAUGGAGACAUAAUAAAAGAUCUUUCAAUGGGAAAACUGAACUUAGGUCUCCACCGCAGUUGUUAGAUGGAACAACUGUAUUUCAUAUAUUGCAAGGGGUAGAUAAUUCUUUUGGGAAGAAGCAAAGGAGAUCAAAGAAUGGCAUUUCAAAUUGGAAAAAGCGGUUAAUCUUUUUUGAUUUACCAUAUUGGAAGUUCAACAUGAUUAGACACAACCUUCAUGUCAUGCACAUAGAGAAGAAUAUAGUUGAUAGCUUAAUUGGAACUCUUUUGGAUAUUUCUAGAAAGACAAAAGAUCAUGCAGCUGCGCGUUUUGACCUUAAAGACAUGGGUAUCAGGAAAAACCUUCAACCAAGAGAUACGAAUGAUGGUAAAAGAACUAAGUUAGCAAAGGCAUGCUUCUCAAUGACUGCAGCAGAGAAAACAAUAUUUUGUAGUGCGUUAAAAGGGGCAAAGUUACCAGACGGCAGCGCUUCCAAUAUCGCUCGAUGUGUGCAGCAAACAGAAAAGAAGAUUUCUGGUUACAAGACCCAUGAUGCUCAUUUCAUGUUACAUUACUUGUUGCAAGUACCGAUCAAGAGCAUACUUCCUGACCAUGUUGCCAUUGCUUUAGUUCGCUUAUGUUAA